AUGGAGACGCUCGACGGGCCAGCUCCAAAGAGACGCAAGAUUACCCCGGAGCUCGACUCGCCGUCUAUUUGCCCCGCUGCCCCGUUUUCUGAGUACAUUGUAGUCGCUCACACGCGCCUGAGAGCCUCUGAGGCCGACCCCGACCUUUUCCUCGAGUCUCGCGGUGAUGCUGCGCUGGAAGUUACGCUGCAGGAGGUGAUAAAGUCGAAGAGAUGCCACAAGAUUCGAUUCUCCGUCGGGCGAAGCAGAAGUAGCAAGCACAUCUCGACCGACCGUCUGUCACCUCGUGAUUUGCAGAUCCUGGAAGAUGCUCAAAAGUUGGAUUCGGCGGCGAGAUACAAACCUCCUGCGGCGCUGCCCCUCGCCUGUGCGUAUGCCGUGGUGCAACGUGUGGCUCAUGAGGUCAGCCUACAACUUUGCAUUCUGUGGGAAAAUAAUGCUGGAUGCCGAGAUAAAGUCGAUCCGAUCCUACUUGAUAUGCUAGGACGUUAUCUGCCGCAUGCAGAGCCCAUCGUGCCUACGUUUGAAUCCUGGAACCCACGCGAGUUCUAUGACAAUGUUCAUGUUCCCGAGAAAACAGAGGCCAACUCCGCAGACCUGGACAUCCCGCAUCUCGAGUCAAAAUUGUACCCGUUUCAGAGACGUGCUGUCCGAUGGCUUCUCUCCCGAGAAGGUAUGGGUGUGCAACAAAACGGAGAACUCGAGUCACUCGCCGAGGCCCCCAGGAGUCAGCUUCCGAGGGGAUUUCGAAAGGUUGAGACACCGUGCAAUGGAACUUGCUAUGUCAAUCCUGCACUGGGGGUUGCAACAACAAAUCUGUCUGCGGUCAAAGAGUAUUUCGCGUCGGUAUCGGGUGGGAUACUAGCGGAUGAGAUGGGUUUGGGGAAGACGUUAGAAAUUAUUGCGCUCAUCUGCAUGCAUUCAAGAACCUCCUGGACACCUCAGCUCCCAGGUUUGAAACCGGCCGCUGCCACCCUGAUCAUCACACCCCCAUCAAUUCUUGAGCAGUGGAAGGAUGAACUCCAACAACACGCUCCGGCGCUAAGUGUUUUCCAUUAUCAAGGGGUUAACAGCUACAGGAAAUCUGGAGAACACCUCAUCGAACACCUUCUCAGCCAAGACGUGGUGCUGACAACAUACACUGUCAUAGCAAGGGAAGUGCACUAUGUGGCAGAGAAACCGGAUCGGAACCUGCGCCACAAACGUGAGGAACCGCCGAAAAGCCCGUUGACUCAGAUCUCGUGGUGGCGUGUCUGCCUAGACGAGGCUCAGAUGGUUGAAAGUGGUGUAUCCUCGGCAGCUACCGUAGCCUGCCUGAUUCCGCGUAGCAACGCUUGGGCAGUCACGGGUACUCCGCUUCGGAAAGGACAUCGAGACUUGUUCGGCCUCCUGCUCUUCCUCCGCUAUGAGCCAUGGAGCCGGUCACCGCGGCUGUGGGACUAUCUCAUUAGCUACCAUCGCCCUCAGUUUCGAGCAAUGCUCGGAGAGAUUGCCAUGAGACAUUCGAAGGAAUAUGUGCGUGAGGACCUGCGACUACCACCCCAAAGCCGACACACCAUCACGAUCCCCUUUACCGCUAUCGAGGAACAACAUUACGCCGAGCUCUUUCAGGAAUUCUGUGAAGAGUGCGGCCUCGAUCGGACUGGUGCUCCUUUGGAGGACGACUGGGACCCAGACUCCCCUCCGAUGGUGGAGAAGAUGCGGACUUGGCUUACUCGUCUACGGCAGACGUGCCUUCAUCCUGAAGUCGGAGGUCGUAAUAGACGUGCGUUGGGUCGAAACGCAAAUGGUCCUCUCCGGACGGUCGAGCAAGUGCUUGAUGUGAUGAUCGACCAACACGAAAGCCAGCUGCGUACCGCACAGCGGAAUCGACUGAUUGCGCAGAUCCGGAGAGGGCAGUUGAAAGAGAAUGCGAAAGAUACUGCUGAGGCUCUUCGGAUCUGGAAAGGGGCCUAUGACGAAUCUGCCGAAAUUGUAAGGGAGUGCCGAAAGCAAUACGACGACGAGCGACAGUCCACAGAUGCCAAGAAGGAGUUACAGGACGACGAAGAGUCGAACCCACGACUCACCACGUUGAAGGCGCGAUUGCGAUCUGCUUGGGAAGUGCAGCAUAUUGCCAUUUUCUUCAUGGCGAAUGCGUACUUUCAACUCAAAUCCGCACACCUUCCAGAAAGUGAAGAAUAUCAGCAGUUGGAGAAAAAAGAGACGGCGGCAUACGAAGAAGCAAAGUCAAUCCGUGGAGAACUGCUGAGAGAGGCCACUGGUCAUGUGAACAAGAUGAUAACCGCAGUCAGGACUAACUUAGCCAGUGGGGUGACACAGAUUCCAACAAUGACGGAACCUUCGGGUUAUGGCGGGAUUGAAAGUAGGAAGAUCUUUGAGAAACUUCACCACUACUGCCAGGCGAUGAAUGUGCAAGCCGAGCAGUUCCAUGAGCUGCGGCAGAAGAUGGCGGACUUCUUGAGCCAAGCUCUUAUUGACGAGGACGAAGGCAUCGAACUCCAAGGUGAUGAGUAUGAGAGCUCAACCAAGCAUCAAGAUGAGAUGUACGCAUACAUGGAAGCUCUGCGAGCCCUAUUUGCGGACCGCUCCGAAGCCAUCAAUGGUCAAGAAAACCUGCUCAUUAAGCAGGAAAUGAAGCAAUUCCUUCGGGUUGCCAAGGAAGGAGAGGGUCCUGCGCCUGCCUUGAUGCUCCAAUUGCUUGCUGAACGUGAGGAAAAGCGUGUGAAAGUCAGUACCCUGGGUUGUCUCCGCGGUAUCCUGGCCGAAAUCAGACAGAUGGCGUCGUCUUUGCAAUGGCACGAAGGGAACAACCAGACCCGUGCAGGUCAAGAGCUGGCGAUCCUGGAGCGCGUCUUGCAACACGUUCAACAGCUUAACGCGGCACAGACGAAAGCUCUCACCAAUCUCGAGCAAGAGGUGAACCAUUUCCGCGAUACGAUGAACAGUCGACUCGAAUAUUACCGCGCGCUUCAGAAGAUUUCUGACACGGUCGCACCAUAUCAGGAGGAGAAUGUGGGAAAUCCCCUCUCUGAAGAAGACUACGGAGAGUUUGAGGACGAGGAAGCCAAACUCCAGCAGAAGAUUACCGCUGGUUCUGCCAAGCUUCGAUAUUUGAUGCACAUGAAGACAGAGUCGACGUCCGCAGGCCCUAGAAUCUGUGUUAUUUGCACCGAUAGCUUUGAGGUGGGCGCCAUGACCAAUUGUGGUCAUCUAACAUGCAAAAACUGUUUGAUGCUCUGGGUCAGUCAGCACCACAAUUGCCCUGUAUGCAAAACCAGGCUCCUUCUCAACAGCUUCCACGACAUUACGUACAAACCCGCCGAGAUAGCCGUGCAGGCAGAGUCUCCUUCCAACUCUGCCUCGCCAUCCACAUCUUCAAGCACAGACCAUCAUCAUAACCAGUCGAUCUACUCGGAUAUCAGCACGACGAUGUUGAACCAAAUCAAGAACAUUGAUAUCCGGGGUCCCAGUUUUGGCAGCAAGAUUGAUUUCCUCUGUCGCCACCUUCUAUGGCUCCGCGAAUACGACCCGGGCUCAAAGUCCAUCAUCUUCUCGCAAUAUCGCGAAUUUAUCGACGUGCUGGCCCGGGCAUUCUCAACCUAUAAAAUUUCAUCGGCUCGUAUCGACGUGAAGAACGGGACUGAAAAGUUCAAAUCUGAUCCAGCCAUCGAGUGUUUUCUGCUUCAUGCGAAGGCACAUUCCGCGGGCUUGAAUCUUGUAGUUGCAAGCCAUGUCUUUCUCUGCGAACCACUCAUUAACACGGCCAUCGAACUGCAAGCCAUUGCGCGAGUCCACCGUAUCGGACAGCAUCGACCGACAACGGUGUGGAUGUAUCUCAUCGCCGACACGGUCGAGGAAUCCAUUUACGAUAUCAGUGUGACGCGGCGGCUGGCGCACAUGAAAAGUAACAAUAACAAUGGCGGAAGCGGCACUGCCGCAUCUUCAGUCUCUCAGUCAGGCAAGAAUACUCCUCGCAUCAUAAACACUCUCCAAGAAAAUGCAAUCGAUGCUGCCAAUUCCAUGGAAUUGCAAGCUGCAGACCUCAGUCGCUUACUUGCUGCAGGCAAGUCGGGCGGGGAAAUGGUCGAUAAGGAAGAUUUGUGGUCGUGUUUGUUCGGACGCGCCAGACGACGUGACGAGAUGGCCCUGGGCGCAUUGGCUGAAAGUCAGCCGGCAAACGCCGAAGUGGCGAGGUUUUUGAGGGCGGAGGCCGCAGAAAGGAGGGCCGAGCCAAGUUAA